GUUCUAUCCUUUGAAAAUAAUAUUUAAGCCUGUUUAUAAAGGUAUUUUGCGUAAUGUCGACAAACAAGUGAAGGAAAAUAAUAUUGCGAAGUCAUGGCGCGUAGCAUGACGAAGCAUUUUAAUAUCUUAUCAAACGGGUACAGUUGGUAUGUUUUCCACUUUGAGUACAUACAGUGCAGUGAGAUAUAUCUAGGAUGUCGUUUUUGGGAAAGAAAUUUAGGCGAUCACAUUGUGAAAAUAUAAACGAGUUGGUGAAAGCUGCCAACACUCAUGACGUCAUACAAGCGUUCAAGGCUUUUGCGCCGACAAUCUGCUUUACCAGGGUAGAUAAGAACACCUUUUAUAUAGACCUACAAGUGGCCAGCAAGCACGUAGGGCACACCUUCAAGCUUGGUGAGGAACAGGAGAUGGAGAGAAAAGAUGGAUCUAAGGUAAGGAUGACGUACACUAUAGAAGGCGAUAACGUUUUGCACCAGAUGAUAAAGUUGCCAGAUGGAAAAACCGCGCACUUCCGGCGGGAAUUCACAGAUACAGACUGUACCAUGACCAUCAGUUUGGAAGGAUCAGAAGUCAAGGGAAUAAUUUGGUUCGACAACGUUUCUUAAAAUAUUAAUGCUUAUUAGUAUGGUUAAAACGUUUUUGGCCGUUGUGCCGUUGAGAUUACUAUUACAUCGCCUAAAAGAUUUAAUUUUAAGACAACAUUGAUUAAAUUUUAAACGGAA